AUGGACUAAGAAAGUGUUUUCGAUCUAUCAUCAACAUUAGAUUUUCAAUUAGAAACAUUACCUUUCUAUGGAGUUAGAGGACGUUCAGAAGAAUUGAGUUAAUUGAUUAAACAAAAUCUGUAGAACAACUAAAAUAAUAAUAAAGGGUUCUUCACUAAUCCUAUUAAAUAAUUAGUCAGCAAACAGAAAAAUAGAUUUGUUUAAGAUGGUUUCGAUUUAGAUUUAACAUGUAGAUACUUAAUUAAGUUUUAGAUAUCACUGAAUAAAUUAUAGCUAUGGGUUAUCCUGCAAAUGAUUAUGAAGCUAUUUAUCGAAAUUCUAUGGCAGAUGUUUAGAAGUUCUUUAAUGAGAGACAUAAAAAUCAUUAUCGGAUUAUCAACUUAUGUUCUGAACGUAAAUAUAAUCAUGCAUAUUUUGAUGGAAAUGUGUCAGAAUAUCCUUUUGAUGAUCAUUAAGCACCAUAAUUCAGUAUGAUUUUUGAAUUAUGUAAUGAAAUACACAAUUUCAUAUGUUAAGACAAAUAGAAUGUAGUUGCAAUUCAUUGUAAAGCAGGUAAAGGUAGAACAGGUGUUAUGAUUUGUUGUUAUAUGCUUUUUUCAGGAAUGUUUAAUAGCAGUUAUGAAGCUAUGCGUUUUUAUGGUAUAAUGCGUACAAAAAACAAGAAAGGAGUUACGAUACCUUCUUAAAUUCGUUACAUUUUAUAUUUUGAAAAGGCGUUGUCUUAUGGUUUAGAAGCACAAGAUAUUCCAUAAAAUAAAAUUUAAAUAUCAUAAAUUAGAUUAAUUACAAUACCAAUAAUGAAUUGUAAAAAUUCAUGCAAACCUUAUAUCUUAAUACAAAAUAAUUAAACUCAAAUACUUGUUGCAAAAUUUCAAAUUGUAAAUGAUAACUUUAUUAUAUUUAUGAGUGAUGCUGUAAUUUAAGGAGAUACUCGUAUUAUAUGCUAUAAUAAAUCUUUAAUCAGUAAGCAGAUCAUGUUUUAAUUUUGGUUUCAUACUGCAUUUCUGGACAAUACUGGUCUUUUAAUCAUUGAUAAAUACAUGUUAGAUAAAGCAGUCAAAGAUAAAAAUCAUAAAAUAUUUUCACCAAAUUUCAGGGUAGAAGUACAAACUUUUACAUUACUAAAUUGA